GCAACAUGAGUAAAGAAAUUGAACCGUCUUCAUCAUGGACAUCAGCACGUUCGACAUUGACUGGACUCAGGAUGCUUGUGACUUUGACUUCCUCCUGCCUGAGGACGAAAGGACUGCGACAGUCGUCGAGGCUUCUUGCAACAGCGCUGACGACAGCGUGACCGCGACUUCACAGCCUCAACGACGCCGCCGAAAGCGAACCAACUUGCUUCAGAUCGAACUGCUGUCGUUGCACCAAGAAGCCGCCAACUUGGCUCGCCAAUUGGAAAACCUACAAGCUCACCGCGCCGCUUGUCUCGAUGGGUUAACGGACACUGAGAUGAAAUGGGAAAAGAUUGCGCGCAAUCAAUUGCAGCUAAAGCUCAAGGCGAUCCGCGAGAACCACGACCUCCGUACUGCGUUGGCCGAUCAGUCCAAGUUGCAACAAGCGCUGGAGGAUGUACUGCUCAAGAAGCCUCGGGUCAUGCUGAUGAAAGUCGAGGACGAUCAGUGGCGUUUGCUAAAGUUGGGCGCGAACGGCGAGAAGCGACUUGCAGCCAUUCAUGCCAUUGCCGAGCGUCAGAUGGAGCUUAUGGAAAGCGACAUGUUGUCGCUCGGCCUCGUAGACACCAACGAUGACUUGCUUAUCGUCCGCCACAACGACGUGGCAAUGUUCUCGGAAGGGAUACGAGCGACUGCCGUCGCUGGGUCGUUGGCGGCUGUGGGUGUGGCAGCAUGGAGAACGUUAGCAAUCGUCCUGGGCAAGUCGUGUGCGGUUGGGCAUUCUUGUUCUUAUGCCAUCGACAGCAACACGCUGUACACGCGAACAAUAUUUCGCCGCCCUGAAGGACGGGCGACUGUGUCGACAAGCGUGAUCAUGAAGAGGUUUGUACUCAACGACGGGACCACUGUUCGCGUCGUAUUUCGCACGAUAUUCGACGACGAAGCGAUGCCAAUAUUGGGCAAGACGUACGCAGUGGACCAGUAUGGAUGGAUCCACAUGGAAGAGCACGCGGAUGGCAGCGUGUUGUACAAGAGCUUCGUCAAAAGCCACUUCGUCCUCCCCAACCCCGAGGACGUGAACGACCUGACUGCGUUGCUGGGAGAGCUCUAUUUGGAGCAGGUUGCGUUGACACCGCCCCAACCGCCGCCCGUCGACAGCAUCGCGAUGGCCAAAGCAGUGUUCGACAUCACGUUCCGGCAUUUUGAAGUCGUGCUGCACGACGAACUUGCCAAGGAAAGGACGAAGGGGCAUGUGCCAGCAUCAUCGACAGAGACUGCGUCAUCGACCGAUGCGGUCAUCAGCAUUGGCUCCGCCAUGCCCACAUAAUGCCAUACCGACUUCACCACGUUCCCUCGAUAGAUCGAAACUUGUCCAAUUCUGCACGGAGCGAUGGCUUUGUCAUUGCGUUGGAGGGCUAUCAUACUCACAGGAAAAGCAUCCGGGAAGGCCAUGCCGUUCGGUUCCAUGCUCCGACACAACGCCUUUCCUGCCUUGGCUCGCGUUGCGAACCGUGUGGGUGGUAGCGAAUGCGCUGCCCUCUGAAAUCGUCGGCAUGUCUGGAGUAGCGGCGGACACAAGUAGCAGAGGCGUCAUGCAGUUCAUGCGUCCCGUACUUGGCUCCUGCAAGCAGCCAAAGCAACGUUUAUCAUCCUGAUAGCAUUACAAUCCCGCGUUCCGUAGUGACGUUUCGCCCCAUUCCACACGCCGCACAACCUCCUCGGCCACCAUGCAACUCCGCGCGUCAGUGGCGGAGAACAACCACGUUUCACGAGAACUCGAAGCAAUCGUGCUGAAAAACGCGGACGGAUGGUCUUGCGCAGCCACCGCCAUCGGAUGCCUCUUGUAGAUGGUGCGAAUCGACGAGGACCUGUUCUCACGCGUCGGGAGAAAAGCGACGCGCGGCGAUCGCCGAUUGCCCGUUGGAGAACAUGGAGUGCGAGUGCAUUCCAACGGGGGUGCAGGACCCCAC